CAUUUUCGUGGAAGGAAGAACCGCUGCUAUAAGCUGGCUGUACGAAGUGUUCGGAGAGCGUUUGUGAAGUCUACAAAGGCCAGAAGAGAGAAGAAGAGAUUCCUAAAAGCGCUCUGGAUCACUAGGAUUGAAGCAGCUUCUCUUGAACAUGGUUUGAAAUACCCAGCUUUCAUAAGCAAUCUGCUUAAGUCCCAAGUGGAGCUGAAUAGGAAAAUGAUUGCCGAUUUGGCUAUUUACGAGCCGAAGACGUUCAAGUCCCUAGCUGCCUUAGCCCAGCGGAGGAGACAAGAAGGCUUCCUUGCUGCCCUGGGAGAUGGAAAAGAACCAGAAGGGAUAUUUUCACGUAUUGUACACCACUAUUGA